GCCAGACGCCACGGACAUCAUUUCCCAAGACCAAGGCCGCAGCAUGGAGCACGACCACGACGAGCAGGAGCAUGCGAGCCCGCGGGCGACCGGCGCCGAGGCCCUCCCGGAAUUCUAUGGCGCUGGCUACCUCGAAUCUCAACCCGACCAGUACGCCCCGCGACAGCCGACCGCGGCUUACCGCCACGUCGCCGUCGCGAAACAAUUCCAGUCGCGCCCGUUUGGCGUGGACGCCACGUCGUACGAUCCGCAUUACAACAUGCUCUACCCGCCCCACGGCGCCACGUCGCCAAUGUUCGCAGGCGCAGGCAGCAUUGACACGCCGCUGUUUUACACCGGGCCCCCCAAGAAGCCGGCGUUUGAUGUGUUCCUUGGCAGCGACGUGCCCAGCAGCGAAGCGGCACCGGAGGCGUCGUAUGCGCCCCGGACCGAAGGGCUGACAGAGCAAGGCGUCGAAAUCCCGCUGACGGACCCGAACCCAGUGUACCACGUCGUGAACCCGUCGUUCACGUCGGUGUUGAGCCCGCAGGACACGUUGUACCGUCUCGAGCAAGUCAUGCUCAACCUCGAGUUUGCCUACGAGAAGAAGAUGCCGUGGCAGUUGGAAGUGCACGGUCUGCUCUGCGCCGAAGAAGUCACGUUCCGGCUCAGCUUGACCAAGCCCAUCGACACCCCGGACGUUGUGCAAGUCGACAGCUACCUCCUCGAGGGCGACGAAGGCCACUUUCUUCGGCUGUUCGAUAUAAUCCGAAGCGAGUGCAGCGCCUUUGACAAGGACGCCCUCGAGGACACGCGCCGCAUCUUGCGCAAGAGCGACGCAUGGCUCAAUAUUGACGCGAUGCCCGAGGUCUUUCCAGGCUCGGGCGCCGUCUCGGACGAUAUCAUUACCGAGUACUGCGAGGACUUCAAGGGUCUCGUCCACACGAGCCUCGAAGACACGCGCAGCUGUUACGCUCGCCUCGAGAUGGCCAAGGCCAUCAAAAAUUGCGUUCUCGUCCCGAAGAACCGGUUGACGAUUUUGAGCGACUCGAAUCUGUGCAAGCUCUUUUGCGAGACACUCCAGCUCAUGGUCAUCGAUCGCCAGACGCCGCUCACCCAGUACGCCGUCUUCAUCGUCUACCAAUUCCGCGACUCGCUAGAAAGCAUCAAGCAAUGGAUCAACACCGACCCGUUCCUGCGCGCCAUGUCCAAGACGUCGUCAGCGACGUCCAACUCGGUACCCCGCAUGAAGACGAUCGCGCGCACCUUGCGACAAGAAAUGGGCGCGUGUUAGGGGCUAGCUUUCAUAUCUUAAUUAGUACUUCUAUGACAAAUCUCGUCGAGUUCGAAUUCCGC